AACCAGCAGCCCGUUCCCCUGUUUGCUUCAGUCCCGCAUUGCAUCGGAGCGGAAGGUGUGGGACACCUGAAGAAGGGCCUGAACCCCUAGAGCUCCUGUUCAUGUAAGCCCUGGGUUGACUGACAGCCACAAAGCUCCGAGCGUUCAGGCUGUGAGCACGCUGGAGACGUGAACAUCCGCCUGCUGGAGGACGGGCCCGGCCUCGAGGGAGCGCUGGCCGAGCUGACCGCCGAGACCGACGUACCCGUUGUGUUUGUGAAACGGAGAAAGCUAGGCGGCCAUGGUCCAACUCUGAAGGCUUAUCAAGAAGGCAGACUUCAAAAACUACUAAAAAUGAAUGGCUCUGAGGAUAUUCCUGAGUCCUAUGACUAUGACCUCAUCAUCAUUGGAGGGGGCUCAGGAGGACUGGCAGCUGCUAAGGAGGCAGCCAAAUUUAACAAGAAGGUGAUGGUCCUGGAUUUUGUCACUCCAACUCCUAUUGGAACUACAUGGGGUCUCGGAGGAACAUGUGUGAAUGUGGGUUGCAUACCGAAGAAGCUGAUGCACCAGGCAGCUCUGUUAGGACAAGCCCUGCGAGACUCUCGCAACUACGGGUGGAAUGUCCAGGAGACAGUUGAACACGACUGGGGGAAAAUGACCGAAGCUGUCCAGAAUCACAUCGGCUCUCUGAACUGGGGCUACCGGGUGGCUCUGCGGGAGAAGAAAGUCACCUAUGAGAAUGCAUAUGGGCAGUUUAUUGGUCCUCACAGGAUUAAGACAACGAACAACAAAGGCAAAGAAAAAAUUUAUUCAGCAGAGAGAUUUCUCAUUGCUACUGGUGAAAGACCACGUUACUUGGGCAUCCCUGGUGACAAAGAAUACUGCAUCAGCAGUGAUGAUCUUUUCUCCUUACCUUAUUGCCCGGGUAAGACCCUGGUGGUCGGAGCAUCCUAUGUUGCUUUGGAAUGUGCUGGAUUUCUUGCUGGCGUUGGUUUAGAUGUCACCGUUAUGGUACGGUCCAUUCUCCUUAGAGGAUUUGACCAGGACAUGGCCAACAAAAUUGGUGAACAUAUGGAAGAACAUGGUAUCAAGUUCAUAAAACAAUUUGUACCAAUCAAAAUUGAACAAAUUGAAGCAGGGACACCAGGCCAACUCAGAGUGGUAGCUAAGUCCACCAACAGUGACGAAAUCAUCAAAGGAGUGUACAAUACGGUAUUGCUGGCAAUCGGAAGAGAUGCUUGCACAAGAAAAAUUGGCUUAGAAACCGUGGGGGUAAAGAUAAAUGAAAAGACUGGAAAAAUACAUGUCACGGAUGAAGAGCAGACCAACGUGCCUUACAUUUAUGCCAUUGGCGAUAUACUGGAGGGGAAGCCGGAGCUCACCCCAGUAGCCAUCCAGGCGGGAAGAUUGCUGGCUCAGAGGCUGUAUGCUGGCUCCACUGUCAAGUGUGACUAUGAAAAUGUUCCAACGACUGUAUUUACUCCUUUGGAAUAUGGUGCUUGUGGGCUUUCUGAGGAGAGAGCUGUGGAGAAAUUUGGGGAAGAAAAUAUUGAGGUUUACCAUAGUUACUUUUGGCCAUUGGAGUGGACGGUUCCAUCAAGAGACAGCAACAAAUGCUACGCAAAAAUAGUCUGUAAUAUGAAAGACAAUGAACGUGUUGUGGGCUUCCACGUACUGGGUCCCAAUGCUGGAGAAGUUACACAAGGCUUUGCAGCUGCGCUCAAGUGUGGACUGACCAAACAGCAGCUGGACAGCACCAUCGGGAUCCACCCCGUCUGUGCAGAGGUAUUCACAACUCUGUCGGUGACCAAGCGCUCUGGGGGGAACAUCCUGCAGGCUGGCUGCUGAGGUUAAGCCCCAGUGUGGAUGCUGCUGCCAAGACUCCAACCACUGAUGCGUUUCCUUGUCCAACUCCAAGGCGAAGUUUUCAGCAAGGUUCUUGGGCUUUGACACCUGUGUGUCUUGUGCCUCCACCACCUGAGACCCUUGGAUCUAAUGGGCAGGAGGUGGUGAAUGGAAGGCAGGCAGCAUCGCACUGGGGUCACCAUGAUGGACUCGAAACUGACCUUCGGCAGUGCAUCGGCGGAUGCGUCCAUGAAGUCACCGGCCUCAAGCCCAUGCGGUGGGCGGUGAUGGAACAGCUGGCGAAGCAGUUUUAGCACGACUUCUUCUGUGGGUUUUCUUAUCCUCUUUUCAAGCUUCUAAUGCUGAUGAUUGUUUUCUGUUUUCUCCAAGGUGUUAAUGAUACUAGAGAUGAAAAAUAUUAUCACUCAAUUUUUGCCCAACGCAAGUCAUGGCUCGAGUGUGCACAUCAGGUGCCUUGUUGCUUGGGAGGCGUGGUCUGGCUCACUUGGAGGCUGACAGGCUUGUCCGAUGACCGAGAGCUACCCUGGGGCUCAGUGCUCUGUUCUCCUUGGCCGCCCUGCUCACUGAAUGUGUGAUGACUCCGGCCAAGUUUGCCCCUCUGUGCUCCAUCACUGUAGGAAAGAAAAUGGCCACUUGGCCAGCAUAUUCCACUGAGGUGAUAGUCCACUGCCUGUCCUUAGCAGUCUAGUGUGGUCACCAUCGUUAAUUUGUCAUGGAGGCAGACACGCACCUUAAAUGGGGAAAAACAAUAAUCGUCUUUAUUUAGCUUAUUGCGUAACGGUCUAAGCAAGCUGAAUCACUUAACCCUUGUUUAAAACUUUAAGCUAAAAACAAAGUGUCACGGCUUUAUUUUUCAUGUAUAUUAUGUCUCUGUCCCUUCCUAAGAACUACAUUGAUAGGAAAAUAGGUCUUUCCACACUUACAAUUUAAUUCUUUUGUGGCAAUUGCUUUAUUAAGGAAGCUGUUAAUAUCAUAAGUUAUUAUUAUUAUUUUUGAACACAGGUGGAUGUGAAGGAUUUUUGUUGAAAAACCAAAUGGUUUUGAUGUCUUCUGUUGAAUGACUGUCCCUGGUGGGAUUUCGGCAGAAGUGGCGGUGCUUCUUAGCAUUCCAAGCCGGGCUCUCCGGAGCUAGCAGCUCCGCAGUUCAGACCCUGCCAGGGCGCUGCCGGGCUGUCCUCAGGCCGUCUUCUCACUGUGCGGUGGAUUUCAAACGUGUGCUGUGGACAUCACACCUCCCACCAGAGUUCUUGCAGCCCCUUUGCCAUUCCCUCCCCUCUGCUUGUAUUUCUCCGCCACAGCGCCGGGCAGUUGAUUCAAGGACAUUUCUCAGUCACCUCAGGGAACCCCGCGCCUGGCUGGCAUGCCGUCAGCAGGGCACUGAGCCUCCCCGCAGGGCUCUGCCUCGCCCUCAUCCCACCCGGUCCAGGGCGAAAACGAGAAGAAACACGAGAGGGGAACUGAGGCAGUUGACUGUGUUGAGUUUUAUUUAUUUUUAAAAUUUGUUUUACCUCCAAGUCUGCCAACCUCAAACCAGACCAGCAGGUAGUGCGGGACGACCGCGCUGAUCCGCGUGGUUCUCGGUGAGAGGAUGGAAGUUCUGCCCCCAUGAGAAGGAGCAUACUGUACCGACUUGUCUUGUUCAGGUUCUGUGAUUGCCCACUGUAUCGAAACAUAUUACGUUCCAUGUAUUUUUGUUAUAACUCUUCUGGAAAAAAAUGUGAACCAUUAAAAGGUGUUGC